GGAAUGGGGAGAGGAAGCGCGUGCGGACUGUUGUUGUUCGGCCGUGCGCACGCUCUCUCUCUCUCGAGCGAAUGAACGAACCGCCUUUGCGCGAGACUGUGCUCGCGGCGGUUGCGUGAUUGUAUUUUCCAGUCGGCGGCCCCUCCUCCCGGUGGCGGCGGUCAGUAGCAGCAGCAACAACAACAACAACAACAACAGCAGCAGCAGCAGCAGUGUAGACCGGGGACUGGGAUGUAUGCGAGGGUCAGAGUUGGUGUCAGUGUCAGCGGCGGCAGCAGCGCCUGGCUUCUCCGCACAGCGUCGACCCGGACACGAUACAGAUCUUCAUGAAUUCUAUUUUUCUCCAAUGAUUUGAUCAACUGGUAAACCUUGAUGAUGUCUGCCAAUUUUGAGUCAUGAAGCUCAUGUCUUGACCAUGAGCUUUCUUUAGCACUGCCGUGUUGGAUGGUAUAGGAACUAUGGAUCUAACUAACGGACAGUCGAGCACUAUAUAUUUUACAGCCACAGCUUCAGAGAGAAGUAGCAGCUCUGAGUCUCUAAGUGAGAAAGCCUCAAAUGAUCCCAAGAAAAGUUUUGACGCGGUGGUGUUUGAUGUCCUGAAGGUAACGCCAGAAGAGUUUGCUAGUCAGAUAACAUUAAUGGAUGCACCAGUUUUUAAAGCUAUUCAGCCUGAGGAGCUGUCAAGUUGUGGCUGGAACAAAAAAGAAAAGCACAGUUCCUCACCAAAUGUUGUAGCUUUCACAAGAAGAUUUAAUCACGUCAGCUUUUGGGUUGUCCGAGAGAUUCUCACUGCACAAACACUAAAAAUCAGAGCAGAAGUUUUGAGCCACUAUGUGAAAACUGCAAAGAAAUUGUAUGAGUUGAAUAAUCUACAUGCACUAAUGGCUGUCGUGUCCGGAUUGCAGAGUGCGCCCAUCUUCAGGCUUACGAAAACAUGGGCGCUUUUGAGCAGAAAAGAUAAAACAACUUUUGAAAAAUUAGAAUAUCUGGUAUCUAAAGAAGAUAAUUACAAGAGGCUCAGGGAUUACGUAAAUAGCUUGAAGAUGACUCCAUGUAUUCCAUAUCUAGGCAUUUAUUUGUCUGAUUUGACCUAUAUUGACUCUGCAUACCCAUCCACACACAGCAUCAUUGAGAGUGAACAAAGAUCGAACCUAAUGAACAAUAUUUUGAGAAUCAUUUCUGAUCUUCAGCAGUCUUGUGAUUAUGAUAUCCCUUUGUUGCCUCAUGUUCAGAAAUACCUGAAUUCAGUGCGAUACAUAGAAGAACUUCAGAAAUUUGUUGAGGAUGACAAUUACAAACUGUCAUUAAGAAUUGAGCCUGGCACCAGUACACCGCAGUCCACUGCCUCAAGGGAAGAUCUUGCAGUUUUAUAUGGUGUCGGAAAAGAAGGGCCUGAUGUAGCACCAUCCCCACAGAGCAGCCGGCGAAGUGUGGCAGCAGAGGCAGCCCUAAUGAAUAUACCACCAACUCCGCCUUCCUCCAGGCAUCUGCUUACACAUGGACACAGGAAGUCUCACAGCCUCGGAUACAACUUUAUACACAAGAUGAAUACAGUUGAGUUUAAGAGUGCUACAUUUCCCAACGGAAGACCUCGGCAUUUGCUGGAUGACAGUGUCAUGGAAAAUUACACCCCUUCAAGAGUCCAGGCAGAAAGCUCCACUAUUUCUAGUGGAAUAUCACUAGGUAGUAGUGAAGGUUCUGAACUCAGUGAAGAAGUAUCAUGGCCAGCAUUUGAAAGGAGCCGUUUCUAUUAUUCCCUCUGUCCAGUGCCACGAGUCGGAAGGAGUGGCUCUCGAGGGCACAUGAAAGUCAACAGUUCUGUGGAAUCCGAAGAGCUGGCAGUGAACCUCUUCCCAGGAUGUGUUACAAUUCAAGGAGUUUUGAGAAGGAAAACACUACUGAAAGAAGGCAAAAAGCCUACGGUUGCAUCAUGGACCAAGUACUGGGUGGCAUUAUGUGGAACAAAACUUUAUUACUAUUCAGCCAAAUCUUUAAAACCAACAGAAAGAAAACAUUUCAAAUCAAGUUUGAGUAAGAGUGUUUCUGUUGUGGGUUGGAUGGUGAUGAUGGCUGAUGAUCCAGAGCAUCCAGAUGUUUUCCAGCUUACAGACUCUGAAAGGGGGAAUUCUUACAAAUUUCAAGCUGGUAAUAGAGGGAAUGCAAUGCUGUGGUUUAAGCAUUUGAGUUCUGCCUGCCAAAGCAACAGACAACAGGUCCCUGCAAACUUGAUGUCUUUUGAAUGACCGAAACAGUGGCAUAAUUCAAGACUUGGAUGCAGGCUUGAUGAAUGCAUGCAAUUCAUGAAAGGACCUCAUGGAAGAGUUCCACAUUUGUUCUUUCUGUGCCAGGAUUGAAGCCAGGGAUGUGCUUAAUAUUUUCAUGUUGGAGCACUAGCUUCACAGUAUCAAAGCACCAACCACUAGGACUUUGUGGCAAUAAUGCGGUUGCCCUGGAGCAGCUGAGAAGCAUUUGAUAAACGAUCUGAAUCUCUGAGAACUGUGCAUCCCAAUUGCACUGACUGCCCUGUGGAACCACUGCCUUAAGUAAAAGAUUUGUUACACCAAAUAGUGUACAUGUUAUAACCAGUAACGCUGGGCUUUUUGAUACAGAAAAUCCAGCUUGAUUACAGUUACUGUAGUUAACAGUUUUGGGAGAGCUUAAUUAGCUUUUUUUUUGCAUUUCCUAUCCUUUCAUCAUUCAUUCUGCUUAUUUGCUCUAGUCUAGUUAACCCAUGUUGGGUAUGGAAAUGGAAUGAGCAAUCUGUGUAGUCAACAGUAUUACCAUGUAGAAUAAUUGCACAUCCAUAGGUUUUUAAUACCUAAAAUAUUUUAUUUUGUUGGAAAAGUGUUUUUUAACUGAACUGUUUUGUACCCAUGUAAUUUUCUUUUUUUUUUAAUUUUUACAAUGUGAACAAUUUUCCUGUGGAUUUUAUUACCUGCUGCAAUCUUGAAUGAAAAAACCUACCUGUGGUAACUUUGUACUAUGAACAUUCAGAUUUGCCAUUAGACUAUUGUAUAUUUUUCUCAAUCUCUCCAGUAAUGUAUGCAGCUUGCUUUGAACUCUCACAUUCUGCUAACACAUAGUCUCUAAUAAGUAAUCCUGAAGUACUACUGAACCUGAUGGUAUCUUUCUAAUGCUUUUUGUGUGACUGAUGUCAUUUUCACGACUCUGGAUGUAGUGUGUGUGUGUGUGUAUGUUUGCACAAGCAAGUUUAAAAACUCUUUAGGUACAGAUUACAGAAAGUUUUCCUACUCAAUAAAUGUCUUGCAAGUGCAAGCAGCUUAUAUGGCCGUUUAAUGUUGUUU